AUGGCUAACAUUCAACUUCGUGAGUUAGAAGAAUAUUUACAACAGUUGGAUGGAUUUGAUAAACCAAAAAUAUUACUUGAACAAUAUUGUACUAGUGCUCAUAUUGCAUCCCGCAUGUUGUACUGUGCUGAAGUUCAAUUUAAUGACAUAGAGGGACAUUCAGUAGGUGACUUAGGUUGUGGGUGUGGUGUUUUAUCACUUGGGGCACAGAUGCUUGGAGCAAGUCAUGUAAUUGGUUUUGAAAUAGAUUCUGAUGCACUUAAAAUUCAAUCUAAAAAUUGUAAUGAAAUAGAUUUGUUUGUGGAAACUGUACAAUGUGAUGUAUUACAAUAUUUACCAGGCCGAUUUGAGAAGUACUUUGAUACAAUUAUUAUGAAUCCACCAUUUGGUACAAAGCAUAAUACAGGUACAGAUAUGAAAUUUUUAAAAGUUGCAACCAAAUUAGCAUCAAAUACUGUGUAUUCAUUACAUAAAACAAGUACCCGUAACUAUGUUCUUCAGAAAGCUGCACAAUAUGGAGCCAAAGGCAAAGUUAUUGCAGAACUGAGAUAUGAUUUACCAAAAGCAUAUAAGUUUCAUAAAAAAAUGUCUGUAGAUGUUCAAGUGGAUUUUAUACGAUUUGAAUUAAAUUACUAAAUAUUUUCAUGAAAAAA